AUGAAUGACGAUGAAGGAAAUGAAUCAAUCAUAUCAAUUCCACAAAGUGAUAAUAUAACCCGUCCCAAAUCUCAAGCUUUAACGCGUUCAUUCCAAGGUAAUCCUCGUUAUAUAAAUUUUUACAAUCGAUUUGUGAUUGAAACAUUCCAAUCGGAUGGGAAUUAUAUAGAGACGAAUUUAGAAGGUUCAUACAUUACUAAUGAUUCUCAAGUAUAUUAUUAUCCUGAUGUGCAGGGUGUCGAUCAUAAUGUUGAUGUUAAUAUCCCGGGUUCAUAUUGGUCACCAUCUGAAAAGGAACAAUUUUUUAAUUUAUUAAGUAAAUAUCUGAUUCAUAAUAUUGAUAUAAUAGUUGAAGGAAUAACUACCAAGAAUAAAUUUGAAAUUUUGAAUUAUUAUGAAUUAUUAAAAUCAAAAUUGAAUGAUUUGAAAAGAGGAAAUCAUAAACAUAAUCAUGAUGAAAGAAUAAUGCUUAAAUCUUAUAAAGUGACGAAAAUAAUCGAUCGAUCCACAACAAGAUCGAAUAAUAAACAAACCAUAAAGACUUAUAAGGUUCAUUUCCCACAAGUACCGACUAGAAGACUCAUAUCGUAUCAUCUGAUCCCAAGUGCUUAUGAAGUAAGUGAGGAUUUGAUUAAAUUUGAAGAGAAUCAAAGUUUAUUAAUAAAUAUCAAAGAGAAGAAGAAAAUCAAUGAUGAGAAUAGAAGAUAUAAGAGGAAUUUCAACAUGUAUGUUGAUUCAGAAGAAGAAGAAGAAGAAGGAGGAUUAUUCAAUAUUGAAAUGAUGAAUCAAAUAUUUGAUAAAAUUUAUCGAAAUCAAACUAUACUUGAGACGUCUAAUGAUAAAGUUUCAUUAGGGUUCACAUCCUAUGUUUUAUUAGAAGAGAUUAUCAAGACUUUAAUAAGGAAGAUUAUGAUUAAUAUUAUUAAUAGUAGUGGCCAUGAAAGGGAAAUCACGGUUAACGAUGUAUUUGAAUCGAUAAUAAAACUUAAUAUUGCUGAUGAAAAGAUUAAUAAAUUCCAUUAUUGGCAAGGGAUUAUUGAAAGAUUAUUACCGAUUGUAUCUGUGAAUGAACCAGGUAUAAAGGGAGACUUCUGGAAUCAAUACCCGGAUGAAAUAGUAUCAUCGUUCUUAAUUUAUGGUAUGUCUCAUCAAACUUAUUUCGAAUCAUUUAUGAAUAAAGAUACCGGAGAUAUCUUCACUUCAACGAACCCUAUAGAUAAAUUCCUAGAGAAGAAACCCAUCGCUAAGAUUAAUCAUAAUAAAAUCAACGUUAAGGAUGAAAAUGAUCCUGAUGAAAGUUUUCAUAUUUCGGAAUUAAACCAAUCCAAUUUCAAACGAAGGAGAUUAAAUAAACGAAAUCAUAAGGGGAUAACUGAUCAAUUAAUUGAUCAAUAUGAUAAAGAAAUUGAAAAAUUUGAUUAUUAUGAAAGUAAAAUGUAUGAACGAGGAUUAAUUAGUUAUUUAACGGGUAAGAAAGAGAAAUCAUUAAGUCAAGUUAAAAGUCAAUCACAAAGUCAAAGUGUGGAUGAUGAUGAAGAGGAGGUAGUUGACGAUGAGGGUUUAUUAAUUUUACAAGAAUGGGAAUUACAAGAUAGUGAACAGAAGGAAGAAGAAGAAUAUUUGAAUUCAUUAAAAUUCAAAGGCGGUCCGACUAAUAUCGAAGAAGAGAUAAUUGAAAGUAAUAAGGAGGCUGAGGCUGAAGAAGUUCCUAAUGAAAAUGAAAAUGAAAUUCAACUAGGUGCAUCAGAGGGUGUUACAACAGAGGGUGAUGGUCAAAUCCCAUCUAACUCAUUAUUAUAUCAAAUCCCAAUAUCAUUAAGUAAUCGAUUUAAAUUUGAAUUUGCCAAUUAUACUUAUGAAGAAGAGUAA